UAAGCUCUCUCUAGUGAACACGCAUGCAAAUGCCGGCCUCCAUCCCUGUGGCUCCGGCAAUGCCUUGGGUUGUUCUCGUGGGCAUGGCGGCCCUCUUGGCUGCCUGGUUGAUCCAUUUUGUCAUGAGAUGGAACAUGAGUCCACCAUGCAAAGCAGGGGCAAUGCUGCCGCCGGGGUCGCGUGGUUUCCCCGUCCUCGGUGAGUCGCUCGAGUUCUUCGCCCGGAGCCCAUCGCUCGAGCUGACCCCUUUCUUGAAGCGACGUCUAGAUAGGUAUGGUCCAAUUUUUAGGACAAAUUUGAUCGGUGAAGACAUCAUUGUCUCCCUAGAUCAAGAUCUAAACAACUUGGUGUUCCAAAAAGAGGAGAAGUUGUUCCAAAUAUGGUAUCCAGAGUCUCUUAUGAGAAUCAUGGGAGCUGACUGCAUUAUCGCAACACUUGGGACUUUCCACAAGCACCUCAGGAGUCUGGUACUUCGACUCUUCGGCCCAGAAAACCUUAGGACGGUUCUACUCCAUGAAGUACAACAGACGGCCAAGGCGAGUCUACUCUCCUGGCUCGAUCAUCCUAGUAUCGAAGUGAAAGAGGCAACCGCUAGUAUGAUAUUCGGCAUCACGGCAAAGCGGUUAAUCAGCUAUGACUCCUCAAGCUCGGAUGGGAAGUUGUGGAAGGAAUUUGAUGCAUUUCUUCAAGGACUACUAGCAUUUCCACUUUACAUUCCUGGCACAGCAUUCUACAAAUGUAUGCAGGGCCGGAAGAAUGUCAUGAAGAUCUUGAAAGAGUUGCUUAAUAAGAGGAAGAAGGCAACAUGUCACGAGAGUGUUGAUUUUAUCGAUAUCUUGAUCAGUGAUUUGAAAGAGAACAAGACUUUAAUGAAUGAGAAAAUUGCAUUGGAUUUAGUCUUCUUAUUGUUGUUCGCGGGCUUCGAAACUACGUCAUCUGGUAUAACCGUUGCACUCAAGUUUCUAUCUGAUAAUCCCGAGGCCCUACAAGAAUUAACGGAGGAGCACAAUAGCAUCCGGAAAAGGAAGGCCAACCAUGACUCUGAAAUCACAUGGGAGGAAUACAAGUCCAUGAAGUUUACGUCUCAUGUCAUACAUGAAUCAUUAAGGCUGGCUAACAUCGCUCCGGUAAUGUUUAGAAAAGCAAUAGAGGAAGUUCAUAUAAAAGGUUACACUAUCCCAAAAGGAUCGAAGAUCAUGGUUAAUCCUUCUAGCAUCCAUCUCGAUACUACUAUUUACAAGGAUCCCAAUGCAUUCAAUCCUUGGAGAUGGAAGGAUAUUACUGAACCAGUGGGUGGCUCCUCAAAGGAGUUCAUGGCCUUUGGAGGCGGGCUACGAUUAUGUGUUGGUGCCGACUUUGCUAAGCUACAAAUGGCUAUCUUUCUACAUUUCUUAGUUACAAAAUAUAGUUGGAAAGUGAUCAAGGGAGGGAACAUGGUGCUUUCUCCUGGACUUCAGUUUCCUUGUGGUUUUCACAUCCAACUUCUUCAAAAAUCUUGAUGCACGAUAUUUAAUGCUUUAAUACUUGCAAGAUCUCUACGACCAUGAAGGAUUCACAAUAUUAUUGUUUGGCUAAGUAAUGUAAUAAUAUUUGUAACUUGGUGUGUACUGGUACGCACUAUGUUU